AUGCUGUGGGAAGAUCAACGUGAACGUCCCGAUGCCACACCGACCUGCGGCUGUUCUUGGCCCACGGCAACCUACAUGGGAUUGUACUGCGGAUACUGUGGUUUUCCAAAAGUGGAAGCAGCUGCUGCCACUGUUGGCGGUGAUGUCAUUCCGAACGAUUUGUACCUCCAGACACCGCAUGAAUUGGUCGCUCCAUCCGAAAAGAUGAUGAUCGAUGACGCUGCCGUUGCCACAGGAAAGCGAGGAGCCCAUGAUGCGGGUUUCGAGUCUGCGAGCAGCCCCAUUCCUCUCAAAAGAGCGAAACAGAACGAUGACUAUGCUGAUAAAUUUACUAACAACAGUGGUGAUUUCAUCCAACAACGACCGAUGAGGACGACGACGAUGAACAAGGACCUCGUGUUUAAUCGCCUUGUGCAUAUUGUGCAACCAUAUUGCUUCCGUGCGGAAGCCUGGAGCAUGCCAGCCGUCUUGGACGCAAUCUGGUAUCAAGGAUUGCACCAACAAGGCGCUCAGCAAAGGGAGUGCUUCUGCUGCCUCGGUCCCAACUGCGAAGAGCGCUGCGAGGGUGCCUCCCUGUUCCAUCCCCACAGUGAUUGA